UUAUUUAUUUGAGGAAUGAUGUUCUACUAACUAAGCAAAUUAGCUUAUAAGUAAACAAACAAUUUCGAUUAUUUUGUUUCAACUUCAACCCUGAAGAAAUACCGGUCCAUAUAUAUAUAUAUAUAUAUAUAUUAUAAUAUAAGGGAUACGGGUAUGUCGUCGGGGAGAGACACGCGGGGUUUUAAUAAGCGCAGCGGGGAGUGGGGCUGGUGGAGGAGUAGGAACCAGGAAGGAUAUGGGUUCCUUAUUUAAUUUUUGGCGAAUCAUAACUGGUUUACUUUCCACUAUCCUCCACCUAAUCUAAUGAUGUAUCUGUUUUUAUUCUGAUUUUGAUUUUUUAUUUUUAAAUAAAAUUUUAUUGGAUAUAGUAAAAGUAGCAUUUGCUCCAUCUUAAUGGCUCAUAAUUGAUGUAGUUUUUAGUGCUCUUGGUUGAACUAUCCCCCCAUCUUGGUGCCCUGUCUGUGUUCUGUUCCACACACACACAACCAUUUCCCAUUUGCCCGUUUCAUAUAUGAAUUCUCUUUCCUUAUUUCCUUUGCCUAAUUUUUUUUUUUUUCUUUUUUUCAAUUGAAAGGCUACCUACUCCAUAUUACUCUCUGCUUGGCCGGGUCUCCAUCUCUGUUCUUUUUGUAACUCAUAAAAAAAUAAAAUAAAAUAAAAAUUAUUUAGUUUUAAGUUCUUGGCCCCUCCUCUUGGUUUUGUUGCUGUGCUUGUUUGAUUCUUGUUAUCUAGUAGGUGCAUUGCAUACUUACUCUCGGUGGCAAUGUCAGCUUCUUGACUUGGUUUCUUCAUCAUCUUCUUCUUCGUCUUCAUCUGGAACUGACGAAAUAUGCAGGAGCAGGAGAAGAAUGCUUUACAUCUUUCUGGUUUUGACUUUGAACAGAAUCCGAAUCCGAAGAUGCUGGCUGGGAAUUGCCGCUCUCCCUCUUCCUCAUCCUCAUCCUCUUUUCCUUAUCCUCCACAGAGAAGUUGGCGAAGUUCUCCUUAUGACAAUGUGUUUCUCAAAAACGUACUGAAUAUGUCUCCUCGACUGUCCUCGUAUUAUAAUCCGUUGGAUACAACUUCAAGUAGCCAGGCUUCCUUGUGUUGGGAUGCGGAGAAGGCAGUAAUUUGUAGUUCCAUCAGCUCUGUUGCUUCAAAUGGAACUCCAACGCCAAAGUCCACUGCACAGUUGAAGGAGGAGAUUGCCGCACUGGAGCUGGAAAUCAUACACUUGGAACACCAUCUUCUUUCUCUUUAUCGAACAGCUUUCCAAGGGCGUCUAUUUAGUCAAGCAGGUUCCAGAGAGGAGAAGCAUACGCACAGAGGUACUUUGCUCCAUCAUGAUCAUGUUCAAUCUUCUCCUGCAGGUGGUUGGACUGCUUCCUAUAAUCCAAGUCCUGCCACUAGCCUAAAAACAGCAUCUAAAAGGGACCAGAAAAUAGCCAAGUCAAGUCAUCGCAGCUUAGCUGAUCAUCUUGGUGCUUCUCUCAUUGAUAAUGCCCUUAAUGCUCCUGAUAAACUUUCCGAAGACAUUGUCAGAUGCAUCUCUUCCAUAUACUGCAAACUUGCUAAUCCACCUCAAACCCAUGCAGCCUUAUCUACUUCUCCCACUUCUUCCUUGUCAUCAUCAAGUAUGUUUUCUUCUAAGAAUCCUUGUGAUAGUUGGAGUCCACAUUGCAGUGAGGAUACUACUGUGAAUCUUCAAGGGUCAAAAGAAGAUAAUAGACCAUAUGCCGCUCUGAUAGAAGUUCUAAAGAUACGUUUGGAAGAUGAUAAUUUCAAUUACGCUGCUAUAAUGCUACAAAAUUUCAGGUCAUUGGUUCGAAAGCUUGAGAAGGUUGACCCAAGGAAGAUGAAGCGUGAGGAGAAGCUUGCGUUUUGGAUCAAUAUUCACAACGCCCUAGUGAUGCAUGCAUACUUGGCAUAUGGGACUCGUCAUCAACGUGUGAGAAGUGCGUCUGUGUUAAAGGCAGCAUAUAAUGUAGGUGGGCAUUGUGUAAAUGCUUAUGUCAUACAGAGCUCGAUUUUGGGGAUUCAACCGCACCAUUCAUCACCAUGGCUGCAAACGCUGUUUCCAGGAAGGAAGUGGAAGGUUGGAGGGAGUGGAAGACACGCCUACACAUUGGAAUACCCUGAGCCACUGGUGCAUUUUACAUUAUGUUCAGGAGCAUCUUCUGACCCUGCGGUUCGAGCAUACACAGCAAAGAACAUAUUUGAGGACCUUAAGAUUGCUAAAGAAGAGUUCAUACAAGGCAGUGUAUACGUUCACAAGGAGACGAAGCUUUUGCUGCCAAAAGUAUUGUACUAUUUUGCAAAGGACAUGUCACUAAGCGUGCAGGGGCUGUUGGAGAUAGUAAUUGAUAGUGUGUCCUCACAAGUUCAGAAGAAAUGGAUGAGAAACUGUAUCAACAGAAGGCUCGACAAGGGCAUCCAUUGGUUACCACAGAGUUCCACUUUCCGCUAUUUCAUCCAUGCAGACUUAGCCGCCGCCCCCACCCAAAUUGAGAAGAAUACUUGUGUGCCAAUGUGAAAAUAUGAUAUUUGCUCGUUAGUUUUUCAAAUAAACGACCAAAAUGUCCAAAUUGAGAAGAAUACUUGUGUGCCAAUGUGAAAAUAUGAUAUUUGCUCGUCAGUUUUUCAAAUAAACGACCAAAAUGUUAAGCUGUACAGUACAGAGGAGUCGGAUUGGAUUAAUAUUUUACCAAAUUAUUCAAUGACCAUUUGAUUUCAGCUCUCUCAGCUAUAUUCAUGACCGAAUUAUUCAUCUGUAUUCUUUACGCUGUAUUCUAAUUCUGUAAGUGGAUUCUUGUCUAGUAUUGUCCUUAUUAUAAUUACAGAGAGACUAAUAAAAAGAGAGAAGGUGAAAGAUAAUCACCUUCGAAUCAAGCAAGGGAUCAUUUCAUUUCUUACGAUAUUCCAAGACCCAUUAACAUUUAAAUUUAUUCCAAAGACAGAUUAUCAAAGCUUUUAUUAGCAAUUAUUCAUACACAAAACAAAUGAAUUUACAAUAAAGUACACCACGUUUAUUCUAUUUUUUUUUUUUUUGGGUUGAAAAAGUACCAAAAACCGACACUCAACAUAUUAUUUCAUAUGUUUAUCAAAAUACAUAUUAUUUCAGAUAAAUAGUUUUUAAAAUGUGAAUACUUCUUUCAAAAUUAAAAUAGGCCUUUUCUUUUAAUUUACAGAAACACGGUAGGAUUGAGAAGAUUGAAGAUGAAUUGAAAUGUUUUUGAGUUUUUGAUAAAUAAUAUUAAUAGUAAAAGUGUUGGAGUUGGUGUUUUGAAUUGCUAACAUAUAUGGGUAGAUUUUUGACGUGAUUAAUUUUAAAAAGUAAACGGAAGUUGGAUUGGUGGGCGAGUGAACUAGAAGUAGAGUAGGAGGGGGGGUUUUAGGGUUUUAGCAAAGAUAAAAUCCAAUUCAAUCCAAUCCAAUCGUGAAUGCAAGAAACCGGCUCAGUUUGACUAUUAUGG